AUGAUACCCUCACCCUCGAAACGGCGCAAGUCCAACUCUUCCAUCCCAAUACCUGUAGGCGCGUCAAAUACUACAAGGAGAGAUGGUCGUGGACGUACUAGCCCUUCGCGAUCCCCGAGCCGUCGGUCAUUUCAAGCGCCAACCCGGUCGAGUCUCGCGCGAUACCAUCCAGACGUUUUGUCGAAGGUCAUAGAACGGUCAGCGUCUGAGAAAGCGCAAAGGUCUUCUGGCCAGGAUUUCAGCUCGUUUGGGGAACAUGUAGAUAGCUCACCCCAAAUAUCGGGCAGCAUACCUCUACGGCCACUAGCGGGCGCAUCUCGGACGGAGCCAGAGGCGGAUGAUGGAUUGCCCCUGCUUAACAGCACUAUAUCAAGACCUGGCUCUAGACGGCAGUCAUUUGCGGAACGGCCGUUGCCUGGAGAGAUAUCUAGGGUGGAUGAGCCAGGCACACAUGGGAAGCAAAGGGUACCAGCACCGGAUUCAUUCACGGACAGCCAUGAUGCAAGUCCGGGAUUAUCACUUUCUUCUCCGGAAGCGGAUCCUCCUCCAAGAGGGACAAUUGCGCAAUUCAAUGGCAGUCCAAGCCAGCGGGCAGGCACGGCAAAGAAACAACAAUUCAAGAAAGCGGAACUCUAUCCCAUCUUUAAGACAAAGAAGCCAAAAAAUACGGAAGCCGGACAUGGUGCUGGCGAGUUGCAACCAGACACUGCUAUCGAACCUGAUAAGGAGCUUCCAAGAGAAAUACAGGAAAAGAAGAAACUCCGAGACUCCCUCAAGGCGCAAUUGGCGAGGCUAAAGGGAGAAGUUGCUCUCCUAGAAGAAGAAGCUGGUCGAUUGGAGACACCCGAUCACGAAUCAGUGGACGAAAGCUCUCUUAGACGAUUAAUUGGCCUUCUUCUGUCUAAGAACCCGUCUUGCGCACCUCCGCCCCCUAAACCGCCGAUACCUCCACCACUAUCUUCAAUGCUUUCAUAUCUGCUCCCUUUCACAGCUCAGCGAUCUAUACCACUGUCAGAACCCGAAUUACCACCUUCACCACCACCCGAGAACCCCUAUGCCAUGAAACAACCGGAAAAUUUUAUCCCGUAUCUUACUAUUUUUGCACCUCUUAUACUCAAUACAGAAACAAUAACUUCUACCGUGAGGACCCCGUCACGGGCUUUAGGGAUACCCUCAGAUAUAGUGCAGACAUACCACUUCAUCCUCCAACCACCAGCUAAUUUCCCACUAUCACUUUACAAGAUCCCCCUCAUCCUCAAUACUGACCCUGAAAAGCAAGCCGUGCUCUCUAUCUCUGUUCCUGAGGCAAAUUCUAGGGUUCCUGGACCGUUAAAAACCUGGAUCGCGUCUCGUUUGUCAAACCUCUUGCUACAGCAUGAUGUCUCCGGUUUAUGUUGGGGUAUCUGCCGGUACUGGGAGGCCGCAAUAUCACGAUCAAAGUUCUGGAUACAAUUGCAGACAUUAUCUGAAAAACUUGAAGAAAACCCUCGAUAUCUAGAACAAAAAAAGAAAUUCCAUAGGAAAGCGGGAGUAGAUACCUCUCGGAGCUCAACGCCUGAUACGGAUGGGCAGCAAUAUGCUGUCAGGGCCCUGGUGCAGCAUUUCGAGCGUACAAGUUACCGGUUUUCUACUUCGACGGGAUCUAAUAAGCUGGAGUUACUCGUAUCCUGUCCUUUGACCCUUGAUUUAUGGACCAGUGAGCCCCAAUUGGAACCCAGUAUUUGCAUAUCUGGUUCCUCACUGAAGAGUACUGCGGCCAGUAAGAUAGAAAAAGAAGCGAAGCGAGUGUUCCAAGGGAUGAUUCAGCGUGGGAAGGGUGGCGAUGUUGACGUCGAUAUUGGGUCACUGGUCAAAGCUGUUGAAGCCGUAAUAGUUAUCCUAUUUGGACUUGUUUAG